GCGCACGGCCCGGGCCAGCCCGGGGAUCUAGGCUCCGGCCGGGGAGGGCAGGGCCCGGAGGCUCGCGGCCGCUGCUCGCCCGCCGCCCAGAGCUGGGCGGUUUUGUUUUCGCCUUGGCGUUGUGCAGAAUCAAAGCGCAGUAAGAUGUCCACUAGGACCCCUUUGCCAACGGUGAAUGAACGAGACACUGAAAACCACACUUCACAUGGAGACGGGAGGCAAGAAGUCACCUCCCGCACCGGGCGCUCUGGAGCUCGGUGUAGAAACUCAAUAGCUUCCUGUGCAGAUGAACAGCCUCACAUCGGAAACUACAGACUGUUGAAAACAAUCGGCAAGGGGAACUUUGCAAAAGUCAAAUUGGCGAGACACAUCCUCACAGGCAGAGAGGUUGCAAUAAAAAUAAUUGACAAAACUCAAUUGAAUCCAACAAGUCUGCAAAAGCUCUUCAGAGAAGUAAGAAUAAUGAAGAUUUUAAAUCAUCCAAACAUAGUGAAGUUGUUUGAGGUCAUUGAAACAGAAAAAACCCUCUACUUAAUCAUGGAAUAUGCGAGUGGAGGUGAAGUAUUUGACUAUUUGGUUGCACAUGGAAGAAUGAAGGAAAAAGAAGCAAGAGCUAAAUUUAGACAGAUUGUGUCUGCAGUACAGUAUUGCCACCAAAAACGGAUCGUUCACAGAGACCUCAAGGCUGAAAAUCUGUUAUUAGAUGCGGAUAUGAACAUUAAAAUAGCAGAUUUUGGUUUUAGCAAUGAAUUUACUGUUGGCAGUAAACUAGACACGUUCUGUGGUAGUCCUCCAUAUGCAGCCCCUGAGCUCUUCCAGGGCAAGAAGUAUGACGGGCCCGAAGUGGAUGUGUGGAGUCUCGGCGUCAUUCUGUACACCCUCGUCAGUGGGUCACUUCCCUUUGAUGGUCAAAACCUGAAGGAACUGAGAGAGAGAGUACUACGAGGGAAAUACAGAAUCCCAUUCUACAUGUCCACAGACUGUGAAAACCUUCUCAAACGCUUCCUGGUGCUGAACCCAGUUAAACGUGGCACUCUCGAGCAAAUCAUGAAGGACAGGUGGAUCAAUGCAGGGCAUGAGGAAGACGAGCUUAAGCCAUUUGUUGAACCAGAACUAGACAUCUCAGACCAGAAAAGAAUAGAUAUUAUGGUGGGAAUGGGAUAUUCACAAGAAGAAAUUCAAGAAUCUCUUAGUAAAAUGAAGUAUGAUGAAAUCACAGCUACAUACUUGUUAUUGGGAAGAAAAUCUUCAGAGCUGGACGGUAGUGACUCCAGUUCUAGCAGCAACCUUUCACUUGCUAAGGUGCGGCCAAGCAGUGACCUCAGCAACAGCACCGGACAGUCUCCUCAUCACAAAGUGCAGAGAAGUGUUUCUUCAAGUCAGAAGCAGAGACGGUACAGUGACCAUGCUGGACCAGCUAUCCCUUCAGUUGUGGCAUAUCCAAAGCGGAGUCAGACGAGCACUGCAGAUAGUGACCUCAAAGAAGAUGGGAUUUCCUCCCGCAAGCAGAGCGGCACUGCUGUAGGGGGAAAGGGGAUCGCCCCCGCCAGUCCCAUGCUUGGGAAUGCAAGCAACCCCAAUAAAGCGGAUAUUCCCGAACGCAAGAAAAGCCCUGCUGUCCCCAGUAGUAAUGCAGCAUCUGGUGGAAUGACACGACGAAACACUUAUGUUUGCAGUGAGAGGUCUGCAGCGGAUAGACACUCAGUGAUUCAGAAUGGCAAAGAAAACAGCCUGACAGAAGUGUUCGCUUAUGCAGCUAGCCCUGCCUCACUCUGUGCCACAUCUACCUGUCGGCUGAGACAUCAGAAGUCGAUGUCCAUGUCAGCCUCUGGGCACCCCAAGAUGAUGUUACCUCCAAUAGACAGUGAAGGAGAUAACUUCAAGGCUAUCACUAUUCCAGACCAGAGAACUCCAGUUGCUUCCACCCACAGUAUUAGCAGUGCGACCACCCCAGAUCGGAUUCGCUUCCCAAGAGGCACAGCCAGCCGCAGCACUUUCCACGGCCAGCCUCGAGAGCGGCGAACCGCAACCUAUAAUGGCCCACCUGCCUCACCCAGCUUGUCCCACGAAGCCACACCACUGUCCCAGACUCGAAGCCGAGGUUCCACUAAUCUUUUUAGUAAAUUAACUUCAAAACUCACAAGGAGAAACAUGUCAUUCAGGUUUAUCAAAAGACUUCCAACUGAAUAUGAGAGGAACGGGAGAUAUGAGGGCUCAAGUCGCAAUGUGUCUUCGGAACAAAAGGAUGAACACAAAGAGGCAAAACCUCGUUCCCUGCGCUUCACCUGGAGCAUGAAAACCACUAGUUCCAUGGAUCCCAGCGAUAUGAUGCGGGAGAUCCGCAAAGUGCUGGAUGCCAGUAACUGCGACUAUGAGCAGAGGGAGCGUUUCCUGCUCUUCUGUGUCCAUGGCGACGGGCACGCAGAGAACCUGGUGCAGUGGGAGAUGGAAGUCUGUAAGCUGCCAAGACUGUCUCUGAAUGGAGUCCGGUUUAAACGGAUAUCAGGGACAUCCAUAGCUUUCAAAAAUAUUGCUUCCAAAAUUGCCAAUGAGCUAAAGCUGUAGCACAGUAAUUACGGUGUAAAUUAAGUAGCAAUUUAAGGUGUUUUCCAGAACACUGAUGGAAAUGUAUAGAGUAAUAUUUAGGCAAUAACGUCUGCAUCUUCUAAAUCAUGACAUUAAAGUCUGAGGAUGAGAGCACGCCUGGGAGCGAAGGCUGGCCUUUUCUACGAAUGCACUACAUUAAAGUCUGUGACCCCUG